GCGAGAAAUGCAGGCUGGAAGCGCGGAGCCGUCUUUGUGCGCAGCGAUGUUGGCGAGCGGGGUUGCAAGGGGGGAGCCUGGAGACAAAGGAUACAUCUGGGGGGUCAAGGCUGAGGGAGAACCCUCUGAAGUAUCACUGGAAAAGGCUGAGGAGCAGAUGCAGGAGCAGAAACUGAGGAGUCAAGAUGCAGCAAAGAGACAAGAGGAGAGAGAGACUCACACAGGAGACAAACCUCAUAUAUGCUUGGAGUGUGGAAAAAACUUCAGAUGUAGUAGCACCCUUACAGUGCAUCAAAGAACUCACACAGGAGACAAACCUUAUAAAUGCUUCCAGUGUGGAAAGACCUUCAGUCGGAGUAGCACCCUUACUUUGCAUCAAAGAACUCACACAGGGGACAAACCUUAUACAUGCUUGGAAUGUGGAAAGAGCUUCAGUGUAAAAAGCAGCCUUACUUCUCAUCAAAGAAGUCACACAGGAGACAAACCUUAUACAUGCUUGCAGUGUGGGAAAAGCUUCAGAUGGAGUAGCGCCCUUACAGUGCAUCAAAGAACUCACACAGGGGACAAACCUUAUAAAUGCUUGGAGUGUGGAAAGACCUUCAGUCAGAGUAGCAUUCUUACUUCGCACCAAAGAACUCACACAGGAGACAAACCUUAUAAAUGCUUGGAGUGUGGAAGGAGCUUCAGUCUUAGUAGCAGCCUUACUUCGCACCAAAGAAGUCACACAGGGGACAAACCAUAUAAAUGUUUGGAGUGUGGAAAGACCUUCACUCGGAGUAGCAACCUUACUUCGCAUCAAAGUUUUCACACAGGAGACAAACCUUAUACAUGCUUGCAGUGUGGGAAAAGCUUCAGAUGGAGUAGCGCCCUUACACUGCAUCAAAGAAGUCACACAGGGGACAAACCUUAUAAAUGCUUGGAGUGUGGAAAGAGCUUCAGUCAGAGUAGCACCCUUACUUCUCAUCAAAGAACUCACACAGGAGACAAACCUUAUAAAUGCUUGGAGUGUGGAAAGACCUUCAGUCGGAGUAGCACCCUUACUUUGCAUCAAAGAACUCACACAGGGGACAAACCUUAUACAUGCUUGGAAUGUGGAAAGAGCUUCAGUGUAAAAAGCAGCCUUACUUCUCAUCAAAGAAGUCACACAGGGGACAAACCUUAUAAAUGCUUGGAAUGUGGAAAGAGCUUCAGUGUAAAAAGCUCCCUUACUUCGCAUCAAAGAAGUCACACAGGGGACAAACCUUAUAAAUGCUUGGAGUGUGGAAAGACCUUCAGUCAGAGUAGCAACCUUACUUGGCAUCACAGAACUCACACAGGAGACAAACCUUAUAAAUGCUUUGAGUGUGGAAAGAGCUUCAGUAGCAGCCUUACUAAGCAUCAAAGAACUCACACAGGAGACAAACCUUAUAAAUGCUUGGAGUGUGGAAAGACCUUCAGUCGGAGUAGCACCCUUACUUCGCAUCAAAGUUUUCACACAGGGGACAAACCUUAUACUUGCUUGCAGUGUGGGAAAAGCUUCAGGUGGAGUAGCUACCUUACGGUGCAUCAAAGAACUCACACAGGGUACAAACCUUAUAAAUGCUUGGAAUGUGGAAAGAGCUUCAGUGUAAAAAGCACCCUUACUUCGCAUCAAAGAAGUCACACAGGGGACAAACCUUAUAAAUGCUUGGAGUGUGGAAAGAGCUUCAGUCAGAGUGGCAACCUUAGUAUACAUGAAAGAACUCACACAGGGGACAAACCUUAUACAUGCUUGGAAUGUGGAAAGAGCUUCAGUGUAAAAAGCAGCCUUACUUCUCAUCAAAGAAGUCACACAGGGGACAAACCUUAUAAAUGCUUGGAAUGUGGAAAGAGCUUCAGUGUAAAAAGCACCCUUACUUCGCAUCGAAGAAGUCACACAGGGGACAAACCUUAUAAAUGCUUUGAGUGUGGAAAGACCUUCAGUGAGAGUAGCAGCCUUACUUGGCAUCACAGAACUCACACAGGAGACAAACCUUAUACAUGCUUGGAGUGUGGAAAGAGCUUCAGUCUGAGUAGCACCCUUACUUCUCAUCAAAGAAGUCACACAGGGGACAAACCUUAUACAUGCUUGGUGUGUGGGAAAAGCUUCAGGUGGAGUAGCAACCUUACUUCGCAUCACAAAACUCAUACAGGGGACAAACCCUAUAAAUGCUUCGAGUGUGGAAAGAGCUUCAGUCAGAGUGGCCACCUUACUUUGCAUCACAAAACUCAUACAGUGAACAAACCUUAUACAUGCUUGUAGUGUAGAAAGACCUUUAGUCAGAAUGGCUACCUUCAGGCACAUCAAAGGAUCCGUUGAAGGGAAGACGUAUAAAUGCUUUGAAUGUGUUAACAGCUUUAAGCAGAGUUCAACUUUUUCUGUGCAUCAAAGGAUUGUGGAAGGAAAUUUUUCCAGUCAAUUCAUUGUGUUCCGAAGAACAGAGUUUGUUGAGAGAGAGAUAGCAAAGACCAAUGCAUGGGGAGAGAGGUCACGAAAUACCAACUCUACCCAAAAUAUGCCAAGUAGAGCUUUAAAAGGGGAUUACACAUCAGACAUUUGUCGCAUCCAAAUACAUAUAUUAAAUUCCAUACAAAGUAAAAUCAUACACCUUCCGAGUGGUUCUUUACCACAUUUUGACCCUGCCUACCCAUGUGCCAGCUACAGAAAGUACCUAACAUCCCUGUGACCUGAUAUUUCUUCUCAAAACCCAAUCUUAAAGACAGUCUUCCUCUGUAAAAUUCUCUCAUUGUGACUUCCCCUUUUCCCAUCUCUUCGCUGUAUUUCAAAGCUGCUUUCACUUUUACGUUGUAAAUAUAAUUAAUAUAGGAAGAGAUAAAACAGGAGCUUUUAGAUCCUGAGCUCUGAAAAGUUAUAUUUUCUGCUCUCAGUCCCCCCGUUUGAAACUUAGUUCCAACCAGGGGUUAUAACUUAUCAGAGGUGCAGAAAUAUGCCUCAUUAGCAGGGCAGUGGCCUGACCUUUUGGCCAAUUUAUCAGUGGGUUUCUUAAACCGGUCCUCAUUCUCGACUUUGUGAACAUAGUGCUAUAUGGUUGAAUGUGGUACCCCAAACUGUGAGGCCAUGGACAAGCUCAUGGUGUUGAAAGGAUUACAACAUUUCAGAGUCCAAAUCUUCUCAAUCUUGCAACCUUCCAUCUCCCAGGCUACCCCCUACUCCACAUGACUGGAAACCAGAAGGAAUGUUAGACCCUCAAGGAAAACCCCUUUCGCUGCUUUUCAAUGUUCUUGGUGAUUCAAAGAACAACAAAUUAUGGGACCUAACCCCAGAGACCGGCCAGCGAUUAGGAGCUACAACACAAGGUCUGAGUGAGUGACAUCAAUGAGAUUAAAUGGGAGACCUAUUAACAUAACCAUCAUCCAAGUCUACACUCCAAUGCCAAAUGCAGAAGAAGAAUUGGAGAAAUUUUAUGCGGAAGUACAGGAAGAAAUUGCUCACACACCAAAAGAAGAUGUGCUGAUAAUCACGGGGGAUUGGAUUGCAAAAGUAGGGAACAGAGAAAAACUAGGAAUUGAGGAAAAUGGAGCCUAGGAGACAGAAACGAAGCAGGAGAAAGACUGAUUGAAUUCUGUGAAGCCAAUAAUUUGUUUCUUACAAACACAUUUUUUGAGCAACCAAAAAGACAACUGUACUCGUGGACAUCACCAAAUGGUCAAUAUAGGAAUCAAAUUGAUUAUAUCAUUGGUAGCAGAAGAUGGAGAAGUUCCAUACUUCCUGUGAAAACAAGACCAGGAGCAGACUGCAGUACAGAUAAUGAACUGGUAAUAUCGAAAAUCAGAGUAAAGAUAAAGAAGGCCAACAAAUCAAUCACAAUGCCAAAAUACAAUUUAAAUACCAUCCCAGAAGCAUAUAAAGAUCAAAUAAGGAACAGAUUUGAGGCUUUAAACUUAGUUGACAGAGAACCAGAAGAACUAUGAAAUGAAGUCAGAGACGUUAUCAGAGAAGAAUGCAAAAAGACAAUAACUAUAGCUAAAAAGAGAGAAAGACCCCAAUGGAUGACUGAAGAAACUCUUCAAAUGGUUAAAGAGAGAAGGAAAGCAAAAGCAAAAAGAGAUAGAAACACAGUCAGAACCCUAAAUGCAACAAUACAGUGACUAGUACGUAGGGACAAAGAGAAGUAUUACAAUACUUGCUGUAUAGAAAUAGAAGAGGACAACAAAAAGGGUAGAACAAGAGCCCUGUUCCAAAAGAUUAGAGAAAUGAAAAUGAAAUUUAAAGCAAGAGUAGAGAUGUUGAAUAAUCUACACGGAAACACACUGACUGACCGAGAUAAAAUAAAAGGAAGUUGGAAGCAAUACACUGAAGAACUCUAUAAAAGCAAUGCCAGGAUGACAGAUUCAUUCAUGGAAGAACUGUAUGAUGAAGAACCAGAAAUUUUAGAAUGUCAGGUGAAAGCUGCUCUUAAAAUACUUGGAAGAAACAAAUCAUCAGGAAUAUAUGGCAUACCAAUAGUUGCUACAAGCUACUGAGACUGAAUCUGUCCAAAUUUUGACAAAGAUUAGUCAAGAAAUAUGGAAAACUAAGCAAUGGCCCACAGACUGGAAGUAUAACAUAUACAUCCCAAUUCCAAAGAAAGGGGAUCCGAGGGAAUGCAGUAAUUAUGGAACUCUUGCCUUAAUAUGCCAUGCAAGUAAAGUAAUGCUCAAGAUUAUAUGAAGCGAGAAAUGCCAGACAUUCAAGCUGGAUUUAGAAAGGGAAGAGGAACCACAAAUCAUAUCGCAAACAUAUGUUGGAUAAUGGAACAGAACAAGGAAUUUCAGAAGGAAAUCACCCUGUGCUUUAGAUUACAGCAAAGCCUUUGACUGUGUAGAUCAUGAAAAACUAUGGAAUGCUUUAAAGAAAUGGGGGUGCCACAGCAUCUGAUUGUCCUGAUGCACAACCUAUACUCUGCACGGGAGGCUACUGUAAGGACAGAAUAUGGAGAAACCGAUUGGUUCCCAAUCAGAACGGGUGUAAGUCAGGGGUGUAUUUUAUCACCCUAUUUAUUUAAUCUGUAUGCAGAACAUAUCAUACGAAAAGCAGGAUUGGACCAAGAUGAAGGAGAUGUGAAAAUUGGAGGGAAAAUAUCAAUAAUUAAAGGUAUGCAGAUGAUACCAUACUACUAGCAGAAACCAGUAAUGAUUUGAAACGAAUGCUGAUGCAAGUUAAAGAGGAAAGCACAAAAGCAGGACUACAGCUGAACAACAAAAAGACUGAAGUAAUGACAACAGAAGAUUUGAUUUGCGAUAGAUCCUCUGUCCAAAAUGUGAACAGGCUGUUCAGUAGCUCGAGCUGAAGAUUAAGAAGAUUCACUACCGUAUCUGGGGCGGGAUCUUCUUUAUCGUGAGCUUCUUUAUAAGGUGAACAUUGGGGACAGAAUGAGGUAUACAGUUUUGGCUGUAACGAAGCGGGAGUGGUCUUCUCGUUUGAUUCCAUAAUCCCCUCAGACGCAGACUGGGACUUAGUUAGGAAGCCCCCAUGCGGGCCGCCUGUUUCCGCUGUAUAAUUUGCCCGUUCCAAUUCCACCACCCAGGAGCACUCUACUUCCCUCUCCGUCCUCUCGUUCAAUGGCUUCAUUAGCUGGAGUGGACCCAAGGACCAAUCUAGGCAAUCAUCUUUCUCAUUGUCAACCAUCAUGUGCGGGGGGUCUGUGGAGGGCAAGGCGUUUAACGUUGGACUGUAAAAGUCUGUGAUUUUAGGUUGAAUAUACAGUUUGUUGCCCAGGUGGGAAAGUUCCAAGAGGGGGACCAAACCACAUUGUCUGUAUCCCUCCCUGGUAAGAACCAUCUCUCCUGUUAUUCAGGGAUCCACAGGGGAAGCUGCUUGAAUGCCAGGCGAAUAAAUAAUUAAAAUUUGGUCCUGCUGCUUUAAGACUGCUGGGCGGGACUAGUCAAUGUCAGUGUCCAUCUAUGUAAAUGUAAGUCAGCUCCCGGCAAACUUAGCGAUGAUACGGCUACUUUGACUGUAAGCAUUAAAAGUACUGAAGCUUUAAUAAACUAAAAAUCCAGCAUUGGAAAAAGGAAAAGGGAGCUUACAAAAGGAAUGAAAAGAGCAGGGAUUGCCUGGGCAAUGAAAGAGCUCCUCUGAGUUGUCGAGGUUUGCUUGUUUGUAAUCCACCAGUCCCACAUGACUCCAUGGGAUGCAUGCAAUAAGACACAAAACUUCCACAUAAGCCACAUUCCAUGCAAUAAUACAUCUUUCUGAACAGAGCCCAGAACAACAUCUGAACCAGCCAAGUCAAUCAAAUGCACCAGUCAUGCAUAACUGCAUGAGUCAAUGCUCUGGGCCACAAGCUUUCAGAGCAAAGGUUUGUGCUAUGCGCUCCAAUUGUUUUCAGUGGUAUAUAGCCAAAUAUAACUUCAGUUAAUUUAACAACAGAGACAAAUUUCAUUUGAUGAUGUCAAAUUUAAAUUUUUACUGCUGAAAGUUAAGGGCACACUUCUGUAUUUUUGUGAAUACUUUGAUUCUCUUAUGUUACUGUAAUAGAUAUUAAAGAUGACCUUUCAUUCCAACGAGCGGUAGUGUUUAUUUAUAAAUUAUACAGUCAUCUACACAAAUCCUGAAUGAAAUGUUAAUAGUAUAUGUUGAGGCUUAUUUUUAACACCUGCCAAGGCAGUGUAAUGCUCACCUCAAUACCCAGGUAUAAGUGCGAGCUGAGGAGAGCCUGAGUGACUCUUGGGCUUUCGGCCAGGUACCACGUGAAGACAAACACACAACUUCUUGAUCAAAAAGUGGCCUCAAUCUCUACACAGGCACAGCAGCCUGGCAAGAAUGAAGACCCCUUUUAUUAUUUACCGUGCCAAUAUAUAGGUUUCAGGAAUAAAGUAGCAAUAAACAAAAUGUAACAUAACAUCAGUGACAACAUCAGAGACAUCAGAGACGAGUAACAGGCCCCUGCUACAUAUCCAAACGUCAGGACGUUCCUCCCUUGAAUCUCUGGGGCCCUGAGCAAUACAUUGUGAGAUAAGGGUAGGGAUGAGGUGAGUAAUUGACACUUCUGGGAGUCAUAAACAUGGGAACAUAUACACAAGAAAAUACAUAUGGCCCUAAGAAGUCUGCUUAUCGAUAAAACUACGAGAUUCUAUUACUAAACCUCUGAGGGAGUACCCAGAAGGAAUUUAGAGAGAAAUACAAAGCCUUAAUUAUACAAAGAAGAUACAUGAUACAUGUGCGUAAAGACACAUAGAGUACUGCAAGAAUAAAACAGUCAAGGAAGGCUGAGUUUAUUAUCUUCUCAAAACAUUAUUGCGACUUGCAGGCACCUCCGAGACCAAAUUCCCAGGAAGAGAAAUGAAACUUAGAGUGUCUGUCUUCCACCUCCCUCCUGUGUUCCAUCGUGCUUUGCAACUUUGGUCCGUUUGUGUAUUUCAUGCUUAGGCCCAGAGUUUCCUUCUUAAUAUAUGCAAACUUAACUGCGAAACAAAUUGCUCCAAUAAAUAUUAUUACUUAGGUGGCAGCUCUAGUAAUGAGGUAUGUGUGUGAAAACAAUAUAGUACAUUGUUGUUUUUCUUUCCUAGUAACGUCUUUGUAGUAAGCUAUACUAGUAUUGAAUGCAACUACAGAUAGCUUUUGGGGCUAGAGAAUAGCUGCAGUUUACUCUUCUUCCCACUAGGGGUACUAUAAGAUCUGCUGAUCUCUGCAGAGAGAGGAUGAUCCCUUCUUUUUUCAGACCAAUAAGGCAGCAGCCCAGGUAUCCUAUAUUCCUUCUGUGGAGGUGGCUCAGUGGCAGCAAGGAGUGUCUUCUCUCAUUACCGACAGCAGAAAAGCCACAAGUAAAAGCCAGCCGACUUGCCCCUCCAAUCUCUCUCCCUCCCCAAUUUACCAGCCAUUCGCAACCUGGUAGCAGCAUCAAUAGUGUUGCUUAGUGGACCUACAAACAGCAAGAAAGGGUAUUGCUGAUCACCCCAGAGGUUCCUGGGUCAUCCUGUGUCAUCUCCCAUUUCCCAACACAAGGAGAGGCAGCAACAUGUGUGGUUGGUGAAUUUGGUAGGUCUGGCUCAUUGGGAAGUUGCCGUUCCGGGCUUUUUUACGUAAAAAGUGUAUUAUAGCCUGGAGCGGGUAUCGGAACGUGGUUUUCGUGAGGUUUUGUGUCUUAUUGCAUGAAUCCCAUGUAGUCAUGUGGGAAUGGUGAAUUUGGGAGGUCCGCCUCGCUGGGAAGUCACCAUUCCAGGCUGUUUUACAUAAAAGCUAUUAUAGCCUGGAACAGGUAUCGGAACGUGGUUUUUGUGGAAGUUUUGUGUCUAAUUGCAUGCAUCCCAUGGAGUCAUG